AUGAUUUUACGCAAACAAUUUAAUCCAGACGAAUUCUAUCAAUUACUUGGAGAUGCAGAAGUUGCAGUACGUGAACAAUUAGGUUCUGGCUCUGCUCGAGUUCCAGAUUUGCCUCAAUAUAUUUUGACAAAAUUGGGAUUAAAUAAAAAUUUGUCUUCUUUGGAAAAAAAUAUUGGAGAACAAACCGGGGAUGGGGUUGGUGAGGAGGAAGAGGAAGAAAAUGAGGAUGAAUUUGGACAGAAUAAAGGUCAGAAAGAUGCUCAAUUGACAGCACACGGUGUUCUUUGUUAUUUUUUUAUUUUUGGGAUAUCUUGAUAGGUUAGGGGUAUGCAGAGGUUUUCUAGUUUUUGGGGGUUUCAACGACUUUUUCGUUCAAAUGAGACGUCCCGUCCCUGAUAUAGGUAAUAUAAGGUAAGAAGUAAGUCGAUAGGAAUUGAACUUGUUUGGGGUGAUUUCCAAGGCAGAUUUGCUUCUAGCCAUUAUUUGAAUACAAAACGUAUGAGAAAAAAAAGAAAAAGGAUUAUUUUGGGGGAAUAAAAUCAGCAAUCUUUGAAGGGAAAAAUUUUCAAAACGCAUCAACUCCCCGACUCUUUUUCAAUCAUUUGUUUAUGCGUUCCGAAAUGCUUCUUAUUUUAGCACUUUGCCGAUCGCCAUUUCCUUGUAAUUGUAACUCAUUUUUUAAUUUGAAUUU